CUGUCGCUCAAGAAUACACAAAAGAGACAUCGGAAGAAAGUUGUAAGAAGGAAGGAAAGAUCUCCCGAGUCUGGGGAAGCCCAGGCCAGCCCAACUCCUCGGACCACGCUAGCUGCUUAGCUCCAACCUAAAAAUAUCCCGCCAAAUCACCCCUCCUUCUCUCCUUUCAUCCUCGUGCCCAUCAUUUUUUCCCACAACACAGCCGCUUCCUUCGAUUCGAGGCGGGAAAAUGGGUUCGACGGCUGAUGAGGUGUUGACCGAGGACGGGCACGAAGUCACCGUUCUUGUGACCGGGUUCGGGCCGUUCCGAACUCAAAACCCAAUCAAUCCCUCUUGGGAAAUCGCGCGUCUCCUUCCACCCUUCCUCCCACCCCUCCCCGCUACCUCCCUCUCCUCCCAACUUUCGCUCCUCACUCCGCCGCCCGUUCGAAUCCUCGUACAUCCCGAACCAAUCCGCGUCUCCUACACCACAGUGCGAAACAUCGUCCCGGAACUAUGGAAGGACAGAAAGAUAGACUAUAUGAUCCAUAUCGGCAUGGCAUCUGGGCGCAAAUUCUAUUCAAUAGAGCGAAGAGGCCAUCGAGAUGGUUAUUACAUGAAAGAUGUGGAUAAUCAAUUCUUGAACGAUGAGGCGUUGCAUAAGAAGAUGGGCAAGGACUGGGUUUGGGAAGGCAUGCCGAGUGAGCUAUUGUCUACGAUCGAUGUGGAUGAUGUGUGGAAACGGUGGCGGGUUAAUCUCACUGGAGAAGAUAAAGAAGAGAGGGAUGUGAGGGUCAGUGAGGAUGCUGGGAGAUACUUGUGUGAUUUUAUCUACUUCAGUAGUUUGGCGGAGCUGGAGAAGAAGGGAGAGGACAAGAGGGUUUUGUUCUUGCACGUUCCAGUGGAGGCGGAUGAGGUAAGUGUCAAGAAGGGCGUUGAGAUCACGACAGAACUUAUCAGAGCGGUGGUGGUAAGUGGGAUGAUGAAAGAGGUCAAGAAGGUUGCUGCUGAGAUGCAGGCGGAUGAGCUGAGAUAAGUGCUCACGAGGAACCAGCUAAGUGUGCUGGAUUUGUUGUUGA